AUGGCAAAGGAACUUGUAGAUUCAGGCUUAUAUAUAGACGAGCUGAACAAGCUCCGAAUACUUGACCCAUCUGUAGCUCAAGAUACUAGCGAACUCAAACAGGAAUGUGAAAACUAUCUUUGCAAAAUUGCCGAUUUUCAGUCAAUUGUCCAAGACUUGGUUAACAUGUUGGAUUCAGUGGCCCAGAAGGUUGAGAAGCAAAAACUCAAGGCCAUAGUAUCUCGUAACAUGCUAGUUUCAAUGGAAAAGCAACGCGAAACACAAAUGCGACAUUUACGAACAGAAAUCGAAAAACAGAAGGAUGAGAAUGAGCGGUCACAUACUCUGAUUCUCAAUUGA